GGCCACUCAUGGAAGCAACAGCGGACCUAGCCACUCCGUCAAGCCGUCCGCUCUCUGUCCGCGUGUCGGCGGAGACAGAAUGUGCUGACAAUUCCAUGGCCGAAGAACCAAUGAGCCCUACUGGAAGAGGCAUGGAAGAGAUGGGUAUCUGCAUCGUCUUUGUGAUGGGGCUCGGCACGCCCGUGAACCUGCCCGUCUUCCGUGCCGGCAUUGAAACAGAACUAAUUGCCCGUUUGCCACGCUUACGCAGUAUUCUAGUAAUGGACGAGUCCACCAAUGAUGGCAAGCCGCGAUGGGUGCAAACGACAGUGAAUGUGGACGACCACAUCGUCGUCCCAACGCUGGAUCCUGCUGCCGUGGCAUCCGACCCAGAAAAGGCAGUGGAGGACUACGUGGCGUCGCUGUCCCUACUCUCGAUGGAUAGACGCCGCCCGCUCUGGGAGUUCCACUUCCUCAACUUUCCAACCUCUGAGGCGGCCUCCACGGUGGUGCUCCGCCUGCACCACUCCAUUGGUGACGGCAUGUGCAUUACUACGCUCCUUGUAGCGUCGUCGCUCAGUGCAGCUGACCCGGCGAGGGUGCCAGCGAUGCCGCCAGCACCCAAGCGAACAGGUCCAAUCUACCAGGUGCCACCACGGCCUCCGCUGUCUUCAGGCGAUUACCUAGCACUCCUCGCAUGGGUUUGGUCGUAUUUUGUACUGGCGUGGCACACACUGGUGGACAUGGCGUUGAUUAUCGCGACGGUAAUGUUCUUGAGUGAUCCACAGACAUUGUUCAUGCGUGCGCCAGACAGUAAGGAGUCUCUUCACCGCAAGCGUUUCGUGCAUCGGAGCCUUAGCUUUGACGAUGUCAAACUCAUCAAGACUGCCAUGAACUGCGUACGUAAAGCUACUCAACCUUUAUCAUGA